UAACUGCUAAGCAAACUAAUUAUAACAACCCAGGGUUUUCAUAAACAAAGCUAUAGCUUUAUCACCUAAAAUACUUUGUCAGGGGGUGGGGUGUCACUAGAUAUGUAUUUUCAUAAGGAGAGAAGAAAUGAUAAACUUUCCGGUUUUACAAUAGACGUAUUUUUUAUUUUUAGCUUCCCCAUCUUCUUUUCCUUACAUUCAACAUGAAGACAAGGUUAUGGUUUAUAAAGAAACUGGAGGUACUCUGAACAUAUCGUGGACUUUGAAAUCGACAUCCAACUUAGAAUAUAUAUUUAUUGUUUACAUGGACAACGUAAAAUUAGCAAGUGGAAACCAAAAUGAUUUUACGGCCACCAAACAAGGAGUGGCACUUUUUAGCGGAAACAUUUAUACUUCUGCGAAUGAAAUGGUCUUCAAAAUCAUGGCGAAAUUUCCAGAAAUUUAUUUUAGUCGUACUCACCAUCACAACUUCAUGCUGAGUCAACUUGUUAUAAGCGGUUGCAAGAAAAAUAUCACAGCGAAAACAUUAAUACAAUUUGAUGAAACCGAAAGAAAGGAUGAAAGAAAAGACUUUUCGCCAACUUUGUUUGUAAUAAUGACAGUUGGUAUCCUGCUUGUGACAAUUUUGUUUGUCUCCUGGAUAUUGCAAGAAAAAAUUUUGAUCUAUUUUGGUUUGGAUAGAAAAACCAAAGAAGAUAUUCCAUUGAAAAACCGAAUUGUACCAAAUUUUGAAAAACUCUUUCCAAAUUUUAAAAGACCUGGUGAAAAUAUCAAGCCAAAAACAGCAGCUGUAGAAGUAAAUAAAAAUCGUACCCUAUCUGAUAGCUUGAACGUUAGUCUUGAGAUUACGAACAAUCAGAAAAAAGGGAAAAGUGAAGUGGAAAAAGAAGAUAUGAAAGAUAAAAAUAAACAUGCUCAAACUGAUAGUACGAACGUUGAGCUUGAGAUUACAAACAAUCAAAAAGAAGAGAAAAGUGAAGUAGAAAAGAAAGAAAUGGAAGAUAUAGAUAAACAUGCUCAAACUGAUAGUACGAACGGUGAACUUGAGAUUACAAACAAUCAGAAAGAUGGAAAACAUAAAGUAGAUGCAAAAGAAAAAGAAGAAUCAAGGGCGACAUGAAGUACCUCAAUGUUGUUGGUAGUAGAAAGAAUGUGAUAACAUACGUAACACCCAAUCACAAAUCAUGAUUCUCAAAAUCACUGUGACAAUCAAUGGGCAAGGCGUGCGAUAGAAAACACCAUUCCAAAUGGAGAUUAAACGGGAAAUAAUUUAAUAUAUCCUUAUUAUAUAAACAGCACAUGGGAUGGAGAAAAAGCGUUAAAACAACAAGCGGUAUUAACAUGCGUUUUUGAAAAUUUAUAAAUUUCAGGACAUAAAAUUGAUUCAACCCUUAGACUCCACAUAUUUUUAUGAUGAAUCCCAAACUUCUAUGAUAAUUUGCCACCAUUUGGUCGACUUUAAUCUCGAUUUCUGGGCACCUUCCGCAUCAAGCUGACCACUGCCGGAUAAUAAAUUUAAUUCUUUUUCACGUGGGCCUCCUGAUAUGGCCUUCUUGAUAUCUCAAAGUUGAGUGAACACGAGUUAUGGCUAAUAGACAGCAUGUCGGAAUUUCAGCCUGACCGAAACGCCAAUUGGCGUACUUCGGAGUCUAAUGGUUAUUGAAAUCAGAAGAAUAAAAGAUGCAAAA